CCAGGCCAAGGAGAUCUCUCCCACGCCCCACUGCCCCCUCCCCUGAGUCGCGUGAGCUGGGAGCCCCCUUACCCGCCCCCCCCUCUCCCCCCCGCCCCAAGCGCGACGUGGGAAUGGCUCCGCGACCUGACGCGAACAGCUCUCUGGCCUCGUGGCCAGAUGCCCCCACCCUGGCGCCCAAUUCUGCCAACACGAGUGGGCUGUCAGGGGUGCCGUGGGCAGCGGCGUUGGCGGGGGCGCUGUUGGCGCUGGCGGUGCUGGCCACCGUGGGAGGCAACCUGUUGGUCAUCGUGGCCAUCGCCCGGACGCCGAGGCUCCAGACCAUGACCAACGUGUUCGUGACUUCUCUGGCCGCAGCCGACCUGGUCGUGGGACUCCUGGUAGUACCGCCGGGGGCCACGUUGGCGCUGACCGGCCACCAGGCCCUGCGCACCUUGGGCCUCAUCAUGGGUACCUUCACUCUCUGCUGGUUGCCCUUCUUUGUGGCCAACGUGGUGCGCGCCCUUGGGGGCCCCUCCCUGGUUCCCGACCAGGCUUUCCUGGCCCUUAACUGGCUGGGCUACGCCAACUCUGCCUUCAACCCGCUCAUCUACUGCCGCAGCCCCGACUUUCGCUGCGUCUUCCGCCGCUUGCUGCGCCGCGGCCGGCGGGAGGAGGGCCCCGCUGCCGGCGCCCCUUCCUGGACCCCUGAGGCCCCCGCCCGCCCUUCCGAGUCCCGGCGGUGCCCACCGCUCAACGAGGCUUCCUGGGGAAUUUCUUAGGCCUUGAAGGACAAGAAACAAGAGCUCCGUUGAUCGUUGAUCCAGAACCUUUGGAAAGCUCUGGCCUCUGUUUAGAACAACCCCCGUGGAGUUUCCCAGCUGGAAAACUCUGCCCUCCAGAACCUGAUGACUGGGCCAUGGAUGGGGAGGUGGGGACGGACUGGGAGGAGAAGCCUUACCAAGCGGGCAUUUUGCCAUCCCCUCUCUUUCUUUCUGAGAGAAGACUUUUAAAUCCCAUUCCUGAACUUCACCAAUACCUCAGCAGCUAGAGGGUCGGGCUGCCUGUGCCCAGCUGCCCUUGGAGCGGUAGGGCUGGCUUUGGCUGGGCACCUUGCUCACUUGUGUGCAUGUGCUUAGGGCAGAAAGAGUACCCCUCAAUCUAUCCCCCCCGCCCCCAUGAACCACUCAGUGUCCUCUAGGCUUAGCAGCCCAGGCUGAGAGCAGGAAGCUAAAAAAGGUCAAGGUUUGGGAUUUUUGUCCCUGGCUUCCUCACCAGGGCUCUCUAAGCACCAGCCUCCCUCACUUUAGACACAGAAUAGUUCCGAUCUACCUCACAACAGUGUCAGAAGGACUUCUUCAGGGUUUGGGGGGGACUCCAGGGUUCAUAGAAGGUGAACCAUUAGAAUGGAUCCCUUCUUUACAUUUUAAAAUCAACUGAAUAAAUAUUAUUGAAUGCAGUUCAUCCAUUGCCUUCUCUUCUCUCCAUUUGUUUUCUUUCCAUAAUCCACUUACUUCUGAGAGCUGGCUUUCGACAGCGGCAAUAAAUUAGGACUAAUCCUUGUUCCUUUCUUCCUAACCCUCGUGAAAUGAAAAUGAAACAUCUGCUUGGAUAAAGGGGAGCGAGCUUGAGCCGCUGAUACUUCUGCCUCCCCACCCUUUCCAAAACUCCUGGAAUCCAGUUCAAGUGAGUAGCAAAGCCAUGUUACCCACAGGACUUGAGCAAAGUGUCCACCGGAUUGCGUUUGCUGGGCUCAGGAUCAGGGCACAUGGAGCAUAUGUCAGCUCCUAUGCUAUAAGCCAGUGGCGGCUUCCUACGAUCCCGGUGCCAGCAGGAACCAGUUUUAUUCUGCACUGUACGUGUUCAUUUCUGGAGGCACGGAGCAUUGUUUGUGUUGGGCAUAUGUCUUGGGCUAUAAAUAUAUUCUGACAUUUCCCAUUCUUUUCCUAACCUCUACCUCCCCACUCCCUUUCCUGGGCUGCAGAAAUCUAUAGUAUCCUCUGGAAGUAAAACUGGAGUUACAAGUUUGAGCCAGUUGAUCAUUGUUUUCCUUAUUCCAAUUUUUAUGAAUCUUAUCAGGCAGUUUUCUAUGGAAAGCACAUUUUUAUGGAAAUCGCUGGAUCUUUUUGUGACUUCUUAUUUAAACCCCAUUGAGCAGAGGCCAUUGUCUGGACUGAUAUACAGGAUAACCUGUAAAUCAUAAACAAGUUUAAUGUGCUGAAUGACAGCAGCGUACAAUGCAUUGGCUAGGUUCAGGAGCUCCAGAGUUAUAAAACUUCGAUCUGCCCUGAGGAUAAGCUCGGUGGAUGUCCACAUAUGGGUGUUCCCUGUGAAUUGGACCUGGCCUCGGCUGUUCUCUUUUCUCCAGGAGCCCAGGUUUUAUUUCUUAGGAUGUUUGCAUACCAAAGAUGGCUUUCUCCUUUUCAACCCAGGCCAGUGUGAGAUCUCUGCUGUCUGAGGUGUGGAAGGUUUCUGGGCAAGGACUCAACUUUUGAACCCUUAGUGGAAAAGGAAGUCUAGCUUUAGCCUGGGGAUAAGAGGGCCGCCUCUCCUAUCUCUGAAUAUUUUCUCAGCAUCACUGAGGAAAGUUGCCUAGUCAGUCCUAGGCAGG